AUGUUGACGCUCACGGACAAACUCGUCAUCUGGCUUGCGACGGGCCUGCUGGCCAUCUGUACCAUCUUCUUCAACAUGUACCUGCUGCUGGUGAUCCAGAGGAGCUACCGAAAGAAGCACAAGCUGAACCCGUGCGACUUCAUCAUCUCGGCCAUCGCCGUGGCCAGCAUCUUCCAGCAGUUCCUCACCUACUUAUGGCAGACCAUAGAUGAGAUUGACGUCGUGUGCCAAAUUAACUUCACGGCGGCUAUCCUCCUGGUGCUCAUCUUCAGCCUGAAGCUCAUCAUAUUCUGGAGCACGGCGUUCCUCACUUUCUACUAUGGCACCAAACUGGUGGUGGAGCCCGUGCACUGCUACACGCGCAUCCAGGAGGCCAUCAUGAAACACGUGCAUACCGUCCUGGCUGUGAUCUACGUAUGCGGUUUUGUCAAUUGCAUGCCGAUGCUGACAAUUUUACCACAUUACAACAGCACCUCCGACGUCGCCGACUGCGGGUCCAUCAUGCCCACCAAUACCGAUGGACUCGCCUACAUCUUUUACUAUGUUGUCAUCUCUGACAUCGUUCCGGGCGUCGUGAUGAUCAAAUGCAGCAUUUCUAUCGCGUACCACCUGGCCAAACAUCUCAUGGAAAUGAAAGCCAGCACCAACGGCGCCCACGGGCCCAAGCUGGGCACUCAGAUGCGGGUGAUCAAGAUGACCCUGAGCCUGGUGGUGGUGUUUGUUUGUUUCGUGGUCGUGGAUGUGUACACGCAGGCGACCGUGGUGCUGAUGAAGCAGAACACCAUGGCCUUGACCAUUCUGUUCGCGAGCAUCUACACCGCAGCGAGUGCGGGUGUGAUGGUUUACGGGAAGAAAAGCCACUGGAAGGAACUCAUAGCCUCCUACAACAUCUUUUUAGACGAGUACCCUUGCUUAAGUGGUUUGAAAGUGUCGGAAGUCAAAACCGAACCGCACGACAACGAGCAUCACUGA